AUGAGCACAUCUGGAAGCGUUGCCCCGCCGUCCCGCACUCUGUCUCAACACCGCGCGUUUCUCGCAUCCUACCAGGACACCAUUAUAUCAAACCUCACCACACUGAGCACCACGAAUUCCGAAACACAGGAUGGAAUCAUUCGAGGCCUGCUCUACGUGCCAGACCUCAGUGUAACCGACCCAUGUUACGAACAGCAGUACGACAUCAUCCCCCGAAAUGCUACCACUCAGGCGGAACUGCCUCCUACCAACUACAAUUUAAUUGCCCUUGCGCCAUGGUUCAACGCUACUUGCACCAAAGCCUACCUUGCGUCCGCUCGCCUCGAUCCCAUCCGCGCCUUUGUCUUCUACCGACCCAACAAUUCGACAAGAGAACCCCAAGGUGCCGACUCGCCGAUAUGGGAUCUCGACGAUGGCGAUUCUUGGCGCACCAAGAACCGAUAUCCUAUUUUCGCCAUUCCCGGCGCAGAAGGCAACAAAAUGAUGCACCAACUUAGCCUCUACUCCGGCAACAUAUCCCAAAUUCCUUAUGGAGACGAAAUAGCGCAAACAUACGACCUCCACGACAACGAUUAUAUUCGUAUAUGGACCGAGUUGACGUACAGCGGAGACGAAGGAUAUCACUGCGCAGAAGAGUGUUGA